CCAUGUUUUACUAUUUAACCAAAUCUUUAGCUUCCUCUGUUCUUCCAUCAAUCGGUCUUUUUUUUUCUUGAUUUUUCUGGUGAGAUUUUACAAAACCAAAACAAGAUUCCUUCGCCGGAAUAAUCACCGGAGAUAAAGAAAAAGAAUGGCGUCCCUGAAAUUUCCGUUGGAGAUUCUCGCCGUCUUCGUCAUCAUCUCCGUGAUUCUUUUGCCGAUUGCUCAUGCUCAAUCGUCUUCGCCAGCUCCCGCACCCACCAGCGACGGAACAUCGAUAGAUCAGGGGAUAGCGUAUGUUCUAAUGAUGGUGGCUUUGGCGUUGACUUAUUUCAUUCAUUAACGUGAUGGAUCCGAUCAUUUUGUUCUUCCUCCACAAUGGUUUUGUUUCUUCCUAGUGUUUGUGUUACAAUUCUUUUUUUUUUUUGGUUUGUGACGUGAGAUUUGUAGAAAAUCAAAUUAGGUUUUGGUCCUCAUGCUUUGUUCUGUUUUUGUUGGUUGGAUUAUUCGUGUAACUUUUUUUUCUUCUUGUUUAAUGGAAAUUGUGUAAUUAUAAAAAUUAUUAUUCAAGGGAAAAAAAAAAACACAGUUAUUCUCAUUUGGAGGGCAUAUCUCCGGCUGAUGGUUGCUUACACCUUAGCAUGAUUCAU